UCAAUACAAUAAUUAUACUGGAAAAAUUGGUGAUUUAUCCAAAAUUUAUCACGUGAAUGGCUUGUUGACAGUAGGUGAAAAUAUUGCAGAUUCAGUUGGAUUAAGUUUAGCUUUCGAAGCGUAUGAAAAAUUCGUACAACAUUCAAAAGACAAACGGUUACCUGGUUUAAUGUCACAAUUUUCAUCAAAACAAUUAUUCUUCAUAAGUUUUGCCAAAACAUUUUGUGAAAAAAUAACAACAGAAGCUCUUUUGGCAAGUAUAACAACAGAUCCACAUACAACAAAUGAAUUUCGUGUUAUUGGAGCAGUUUCAAAUUCAAAAGAAUUCGCAGAAGUUUUCAAUUGUAAUAAAAACUCUCAAAUGAACCCAAUUAACAAAUGCAUUUUAUGGUAAGACAAAGGGUCAUUUAUAAACCAAUAUAAAUACAGUACAUUUUUAAUGUUUUGAAUUUCCCUGAUUUUCCAAUAACUCCGAGUCAAUAAUAUUCCCUGAUAGUUUUAUAUUUUCCUAACUUGUGAUCACUUUUAGUUUUAAAAUUAAACUUUUAGAGCAAAAUUGGCUCUUUUUCUUGUCUUGAAGUUGCACCAGCAAUAUAUAUUUUUUUUAAAACUAUAACCUGCGGAGACAA